AUGCAGACCAGGUCUCUCCAGAACCAACCCACCGCACAGGACGGCCCCAUGAGCCUCGGGGAAGAGCUCGUUGCCGACACCGACGAGCCGCCUGAUGAAAUGCAGCGGACCCCUCGCCCCACUCCCGUCAAACCUGCUCCAUUGGACCUGGCCACUAAUUUCGCAAAGACCCGCUACGGCUCGUGUCCCCAAAAGGAAUCCUUGUUGACCCAGGCUCUUCACUCGGAGAGCGAUUCUCAGUCGGACGACGACGAUCAUCAUGUGGAGCUCAAGCGAGGUCUGUCCACCGCCUCGACCUGGAGCAAUGUCAGCAUCGCGUCGACCGACCUCACCAGCGACGGAGGCUUCACGAGCCCAGGCACCAGGACCAGCUCUCCCAGCCCGCCGCUCCCUCCUACUCUUCAUGCUCUCCCCAUCAUCUCCAUCAAGAAGGAAUCCGACGUCUCUCUUACCAUUCGCCAUGACGAGAAUAGCGCCGAGAGGAUCGAGAAGAAAACCGUCAAGACGUCCGACGAGAACUCCGUCGAGGCAGGACUUGGCCGCAAAAGAUGCAUCACCUUUGCCUGCGGAAGGAAGGAGUCCAGCACCAGUGCUACUCCCAAGAAGCUUCAGUCCCCACCAGAGGAAAAGCCCGCGGGACCCGCUCCUCGCCGGUGCACCAUCAAGUUCGCCUGCGAUGCGAAGGCCACGGCAUCUCCCAAGAAGACCCGCAUGGCCAGCCCUCCUCCGCCUACCAACCGACUUGCUGUUCCAGGCAAGGGCACGCCACGCUCGCACCGUGGUUCGGAUUCGACUGUGCGGAACGACUCCCCCAAGAGCGUCCGCAAGAGUGCAUCUGUCAUUCGCCACUCGAGGAAGUUCAGCGAGAACUCGGACAUUGGCCGCCGUGAGGCUACGCGCUUUCACGAAUUUGCGAGCUCCGAAGAGGAAGUCGAGGAGUGGACCCAGGAGCAGACCUGUCACAUGACGCGUCUGACGGUUACCGAUACCUUGAGAAUUGAGAAUGGAUUGAGGAAGCUCGGCGAAGAGGUUGAGGAGGAAGCAUUGGAAGACGACGAGGAGGACGAGGAACUACUCGACGAAGACGACGAGGAUCUGGACCUGGACGACGACCUGGAUGACGAGGAAGAGGAAGAGGAAGAAGAGGAGGCCGACGAGGACGACAACGAAUCUGUCAUCUCUGAUGGCAGUGUGUCCGACGGUGGCUUCCAGACCGACGACGAGCAAGGCUUUGCUGGUUCUGAUGACGAAAGCGACGCUGGGUCUGACUACCAGUGGUGGGCACCCAGUCGCGUAGUCGUUCCCAGCUCUAGUGAACAGCGCGAGCACAUCAGGCCAUCAGGCCACCGCAGCCUUUCUGAUUCUUCCAACUGCUCGAUCGCGUCUGAAUCUAGGAUGUUCACCAAGCCUUCUCCUGCCAAGAAAAGGAAGCCUGUCAACAUCCGCCCUCGCAGCCCCGAGCUCCCUGACAGCACGGACUUCGUCUGUGGCACCCUUGACGAAGACCGCCCUCUGGAGGAUGCUUACUACUCAGCCCUCGAGCAACGCAGGGCGGCCAAGCACAAGCAAACUCCUCAGGACAUCGAUCCCACCUUCCCCACCUCGGACCCCGAGAUGGAUGAGGAAGAUGAGGAUGACGAGGUCGAGGCAGCUGCCGAGGACAGCGAUCAGCACAUGUUGAUGCACGGUCAGCUCGACCAAAUCGACGAAGUCGAGGGCCGUGGGCGUCGCCGUGCAGGGUCAAAGCGCUCCCCGAUCUCGUCGCCCAAGCGUCUUCGUUCUCCACCACCGCCGGUAAAGCGCGGACAGGCCCACCGUUCCCCGCCUCCCCGUCGUCUUUUCGGACAAUCCCCGAAGCGUCUCCGUUCUCCGCCGCCUGCCGGUCGCCUCCGUUCGCCGCCGCAUACGCGUCGCACGUCCUUAACUGUUACAUGUAAACAGCAGACGGCGAUUCAAUUUGCAGGCAUGGAUCAGGGGCCUCCACCGACGAUUGUGGCCUCCCUCCCUCGCCCUCCUACUCUCUUCCGCCAGGAAUCGUACUACGACGACGACGAGGACGGUGAGACGACGACUAAUGACACGCUCAAGCGUGGACCGAUGGACAUCAAAGCCGGCACUGCCCUCAAGAGGCAGCGCCGCAAGGAAAAGCUCUACCAAAAGCACUGCCGCAAGGCGUGCAAAAAAGAAGAGCGCCGCCCUGCGCCGGGCAAGGGCGCGGAGCGCAUGCGCGAGGUUGGCAUGGGGCUUGCCGCGUACAGGGGCAAGAAGGCCACACCAGUGCAUGUGCUCUCGUACUGA